UGAGCCACAUUCAGUUGGCCAUGGGAACAGUUUAGAUUCAACAGCAAAGGAGCUCCUCUGCUGAACACCCGCAUUGCUGCGCAGCUCAGAGCAUGGGGUGGCUGGAUUGGUUCCUGGAUCCUGAGAAGAAAAUGCCAAGUCCAGCUAUACAUGAGCAAGCAUCCUAAUCUCCACGGAAAUGGCCACUUGCUUCCGUUCCUUUCUCCUUGGUUCUCUGAUGCCACUUCUGGUCUCAGGUGCGCUGCUGCCAGCCCCUCAGAACAUCACAAUCCUGUCCACGAACAUGAAGCAUUUUCUGGUAUGGAGUCCGUUGACGGCGCUCGGAGAAGCUGUAAAAUACUCUGUUGAGUUUCAAGGAGAAUAUGAGAGGGACUAUGCCAAUGACAGCUGGAUCCCCAUUGGAGAGUGUACUGGCAUCAGCGCUACCCAGUGUGACAUCACAGAAGACAUCUCGGCCACUGUGCCUUACAAUCUACGGGUCCGGGCAGCUCUGGGGACAGAGGUCUCACGCUGGGCCACUCUCAAUGGGCUUUUCAAUCGAGUCACCACAUCCCUCAUUCCACCCAUGUUGAAUGUCAUGGCUGACGGGCAUCACUUGCUCGUGGAGUUAGAGCACCUGGGACCUGCAUUUGAAUUCUUAGUGCGCUACUGGAGGAAAGGUCAAGAGGACCAGGUGUAUGAGAAAGUCGUGAGAGACAGCAACACCACUGUGCACCUGGAGACCAUGGAAGCAGGGGCCGAGUACUGUGUCAAAGCGCAAACCUAUGUGGAGGCCAUCAACCGCAGCAGUAAUUUCAGCCAGGCGCAAUGUGUGAAGGCCACAGAAAGCAAAGCCUUUUCGGUGAUGUUUGCCCCAAUCUUCUUCGUUGCCUUUGUGGUGGCUGUUUUCAUUCUUUUCUUACUAGCCUGGAAAACGUGUCAACUCUGCCAGUAUUCCUGUUGCCCAAAUGAGGGUCUUCCGGACACUUUGAAACUAACAGAAUCACCUGCCGGGAUACUAAACUACCGGGGAGAGGAAGCCGAGAAGUGUGACAUGUCUGUACAUGUGCAGCCUCCCGAUGAGCUGCUCCGCUUUUGGAUUCAUGAUGCGCUUUAACAUCCCACUGAAGACGCAGCCUGUGAAAUGAAACCGCAUAUCCUGCCCUCCUAACCGCGCUGAGCCAUGCAGCUUUCCUUUUCUGAGGUACAUGUCGGACCAAGAUAGGAAAUUCAGGAUAAGCUUUCUUCAGAAGGAAAGCACUGUGUGAUCAACCAUGGAUCUUAUGCUCCAGGUAUGAGGCUGGGAGAUCCAGCUCCAGGAGGCUGGGAGACGAUCCAUCCAUGCUAGCCAAGAACCAGAGCCCAGCUCACCAAUAAAACAGAGAUGGUGUUUGCAGCCAUGUCAUCAUCUUGCCAAAGCUGAGAUUUGGAAGACCUCGAGCUUAUUCCAAUGCCUUUGUUUUCUUAUGCUCUUGGGAGAAGAUACGGGGACCGGGAUGUUUGGCAGGAGAAGUCUGUGAUCAAGGAAGAACAGAAAAGUUUAAUUUCUGGCUCACAGACCUCUCCUGCAAAACUGACAUUGGAUUUGCAUUCUGACGGAAUGUAUUUUGCAGGAAUUCUUCCAAAGGGGAGAAAAAUGUGAGAAACGGGCUCUGCUGCAGAAGCAACUAUCACUAUCCACCCUCAUGUACUAAUUGAUCUCAGAAAUAAAAAUAUAGAAAAUCAGAAUAGAUAAUCCUGAACUAGCUGGACCAGUGGUAUAGGGCAGAUCUGUGUAUCUUCCAAGGGACAGAUACAUCUCCCUUGCUUCUAGGAACACUGAUUUAUUCUAGGAAAGCUGCUCACCAUGAAGAUACUGGCAUGUGUAAGGACUUGAUCCACAAUCACACUGGUCAUCAGUUUUGCCAUCAAGACCUAGGAAUUGAUGUAUUGUCGAAGGCUUUCACGGCCGGAGAACGAUGGUUGUUGUGGGUUUUCCAGGCUGUAUUGCCAUGGUCUUGACAUUGUAGUUCCUGACGUUUUGCCAGCAGCUGUGGCUGGCAUCUUCAGAGGUGUAGCACCAAAAGACAGAGAUCUCUAGUGACACUGAGAGAUGUCUUUUGGUGCUACACCUCUGAAGAUGCCAGCCACAGCUGUU